UGUAUGGACACGUACUGGCAAUCGGACGGUCAAUUACCGCAUCUUGUCAACAUACAAUUUCAACGAAAAACCACAAUAAACCAGAUUUACAUCUACACCGACUACAAGCUGGACGAAAGUUAUACCCCAAGCAAGAUUUCAAUUCGAUCGGGAACGCAUUUCAACGACCUGCAGGAAAUCGAAAUUGUCGAACUGAAUGAGCCAGCAGGCUGGGUGGUGAUUCCCAUCGAAGAUAUUCGGGAGCAACCGAUACGUACGUUCAUGAUCCAAAUAGCCGUCAUAUCGAAUCAUCAGAAUGGUCGUGAUACUCAUAUGAGACAGAUUAAAAUUCAUUCACCGAUCGAAGGUCGAAAUUAUUUACUGGAGGAAUAUGGUCCAUUCUCGACGCUAGAGUUUCAACAGUACCGAACUUUGCGCUGAAUCGAAUGUCUAAGUCUAAGUACAAUUUUAAUUUAAUAAAUUUACAUUCGGAACGAA